AUGCAUAACUUUCAAUACCAGGCCAACGCAGCCAACGUCAUAUUUGGCUCAGGGACAAUCCAUCGCCUGCCUAGUGAGCUGAAGAGGUUGGGACUGCACAGCCCUUUACUUCUUUCGACGUCGCAACAGGUCUCUCAAGCGGAACAUAUCAAAGCAGCCUUGAAAAGCCAGGUGGCAGGCAUUUUUGCCGGAGCAGUGAUGCACACGCCUGUCGAGGUGACUGGUGAGGCAAUCAAGGCGGCUCGCGCAUCAGGCUGCGAUUCCCUUAUUUCGAUAGGAGGCGGCAGCACCAUUGGCCUAGGCAAGGCCAUCAGCUUCCGCACGGGGCUUUACCACUUAGCUAUACCAACAACGUAUGCAGGGAGUGAGGCCACGCCUAUUCUAGGUGAAACAGAACAUGGUCGCAAGACGACACGGUCGGACAGCAAGAUCCUUCCUGGGACUAUCAUCUACGACGUUGAUUUAACCAUGACUCUGCCUGCUUCUAUGAGUACUGUGAGCGGCAUAAAUGCCAUUGCUCACGCCGUCGAUGCUCUCCAGGCUCGCAAUGGAAACCCUAUUGUGAGUCUGAUGGCGCAACAAGGUAUCAAAGCGCUUGUUCAGUCGCUGCCCAUAAUCCACCAAGAUCCGUCCAAUCACGACGCUCGCUCUAAAGCACUCUACGGUGCCUGGCUUUGUGGUAUGUGCCUCGGCAGUGUUGGCAUGUCGCUUCACCACAAGCUAUGUCACACGCUAGGAGGGAGCUUCAACUUACCUCACGCUGAGACCCAUGCUAUCAUCCUGCCCCAUGCUCUCGCGUACAACGCGCCUGAAAUCACGGGCGUCAUGGCCAUACUGGAUGCCUUACUACCAAGCGAUGAUGGGGAUGCAAUUCAGGGCUUCAACCAACUGCUCGAGAGACUGGAAAUUAAGAGGGAUCUCAAGUCAUUUGGCUUUCAGGAGGGCGAUAUUGCAAAAGCAGCAGACAUUGCUUGUAUUAAUCCAUAUUGGAACCCGCGGCAGGUGGAGAAGCCAUUAAUCCAGGAAUUGCUCAGACGGGCAUGGGCAGGUGAACAGGCAAAGGCGGACUUGCAAACGUCAUGUCCUGGAGGCCCGUAG